CCUGGAGGGUCGAGGCGCCUGCGCAAUCGCGCUUCCUUAGGCUGCAGCCAUGGCGGGGCAAGAGGAUCCGGUGCAGCGGGAGAUUCACCAGGACUGGGCGAACCGGGAGUACAUUGAGGUCAUCACCAGCAGCAUCAAGAAAAUCGCAGACUUUCUCAACUCGUUCGAUAUGUCUUGUCGUUCAAGACUCGCAACACUAAACGAGAAAUUGACAGCUCUUGAACGGCGAAUAGAGUACAUUGAAGCAAGGGUGACAAAAGGUGAGACCCUCACCUAGAACUGUGCCACGCUGCUGCUGGGAAGUUGCUUUUACAGAACGCAGACCCUCGUGGGAAAGGCCCCAGCAGCCUUCAGCUCCUUCCUCUCUCCUUAAAGAGCAACAGGGCUUAUUCUUGUUUUUCUUUUUUUCAAAAAUGUGGCCUUUGGGCUCUGCCACGUACACCCAGCAGUGUGAUGUGGCGUGUGGGGAGGAGUGCAGGGGACUCUCGGAAACAACAUUAGGCAUUUUACUUCUUCAGUGACACUUUGUAGAACUACUUGUCAACGUAUUUGAGGCGCUAAGAGCCGAAAGGUGGGACUCUGUCCUCCCCCGCCUCUCUCUUUCGCCCUCUCUCAGCCUUUCCUUGCAGCCCUCAUUGCCCCUGCACUGAUUCUAUAAACGCUCUCUGUCUCCUCCCCACCUCUGGCCGGGGGUCAGAGGCAGUCCUGUCUGAGGAGCCCUGGCGAGGUGGCUGCCGGAGCAUGUUGCUCACCCACCAGUUUCUUGUCCUUUGGGGGAGGUCAAGUCCAGGCCCCCACUUGGCUCGAAAAUGGACAUUUUCAGAGUUUUCUUUCUCUCACUUGGGGUGUCUUUAUCUCUCAUGUUUCCCUAAUAAACUCCUCAACUUUA